UAUACACAGAUUCAGUCUUUCACGGAUCUCAACUUAGCCCCACACUUCACACUACUUAAGUUGCCUUUUUCUCUUACAAACUGAAACUGGGUUUCCCAUUUUUUGUAUUUUCCUAAAUUUUUAGAUUUUCCAUGGCAGCUCCCUGAACUUGAAGAGAGUACUGUAGUUUACCUGAGGUUGUGAACAAGCUCUUACAGACGCAUUUUCCCACUCUGUUAUCGUGUAUAAGUGUACUAUGCUUGAUUAUGUUCCUUACUUUGUCCUUUUCCUUUGAAGUUCUUGGUAAAGUCAUCUCCUUUCUAUCUUUGGGAUAUAAUUUCUCUUCAAUCUUCACAAAGAAGGCUUCUACAUCUUUAGGAAGGAAUUGAGACUUGGUUUUGGAAAUGUUGAGAUUGCACUUGCAGUGAUAACAGCUCUCUAGAACCAUAUCUUGUUUCAAAGCUUCUGCUUUUCAUAUCCUAGCUUCUAUUGCCAUUCCAUAAACUAGAAAAAUGCAGAAGCCUCCUCAGCCUCAAGAUUUUGCUUUGAAAGAGACCUCGCCAAACAUUGGUGCGGGCUCGGUCACCGGUGACAAGCUCUCAUGCACCUAUGACCUUGUUGAACAGAUGCAAUACCUUUAUGUUCGUGUGGUCAAAGCAAAGGAUUUACCUGCAAAAGAUGUUACUGGUAGCUGUGAUCCCUAUGUUGAAGUGAAACUUGGAAACUAUAAGGGAGUUACUAGGCAUUUUGAGAAGAAGUCCAACCCUGAGUGGAAUCAGGUGUUUGCUUUCUCCAAAGAUCGACUUCAAGCUUCGUUUUUGGAAGCUGUGGUGAAAGAUAAGGAUGUUGUGCUAGAUGAUUUCAUGGGCAGGGUUAUAUUUGAUCUCAUUGACAUCCCAAAACGCAUUCCACCAGAUAGCCCAUUGGCACCACAGUGGUAUAGGCUGGAGGAUAGGAAGGGGGUUAAGGUCAAGGGAGAGCUGAUGUUGGCUGUUUGGAUGGGAACUCAAGCAGAUGAGGCAUUUCCAGAUGCGUGGCAUUCAGAUGCUGCAACAGUUGGGCCGGAGGGUGUCAAUAACAUUCGAUCAAAGGUAUACCUCUCCCCCAAGCUUUGGUAUGUGAGGGUCAAUGUUAUUGAAGCUCAGGACUUGCUACCUAAUGACAAGAGUAGGUACCCGGAAGUUUUUGUGAAGGUUAUGCAUGGAAAUCAGGUAUUGAGGACUAGAAUAUCACAGAGUAAAAGUAUUAAUCCAAUGUGGAAUGAAGAUUUGAUGUUUGUUGCUGCUGAACCGUUUGAGGAACCUUUGUUUCUGACUGUGGAAGAUAGAGUGGGAUCAGGCAAAGAUGAAAUAUUGGGGAAGUGUGUGAUUGCUUUACAGAAUGUGCAGAGGAGGUUAGACCAUAAGCCUGUGAACACUAGGUGGUUUAAUCUUGAGAAGCAUAUGAUCAUAGAUGGGGAACAGAAGAAGGAUAUCAAAUUUGCCAGCAGGAUUCAUUUAAGGAUUUGUUUGGACGGUGGAUAUCAUGUUUUGGAUGAAUCAACACACUACAGUAGUGAUCUUAGGCCAACAGCAAAGCAGUUGUGGAAGUCAAGCAUUGGGAUUUUGGAGGUAGGCGUUUUAAGUGCCGUGGGACUGAUGCCAAUGAAAACAAAAGAUGGCCGAGGAACCACAGAUGCUUAUUGUGUAGCUAAAUAUGGGCAGAAAUGGGUUCGAACGAGGACGAUUGUGGACAGCUUUAAUCCUAAGUGGAAUGAGCAGUACAUCUGGGAGGUUUUCGACCCAUGUACUGUCAUCACAAUGGGGGUUUUUGACAAUGGUCAUAUACAUGGGGGUGAUAAAGGGGGAAAGGAUUCAAAAAUUGGCAAAGUGAGAAUUCGGCUAUCUACGCUUGAAGCUGACAGGGUUUACACGCAUUCCUAUCCUCUCCUGGUUCUACAUCCAUCUGGGGUGAAGAAAACAGGUGAAAUUCAGCUGGCAGUGAGGUUUACAUGCUCAUCUUUGAUUAAUAUGUUGCAUAUGUAUUCACAUCCGUUGUUGCCAAAAAUGCACUACAUUCAUCCAUUGUCUGUAAUUCAGCUUGAUAGCUUGAGGCACCAGGCUAUGCAGAUUGUCUCAAUGAGGCUGAGCCGGGCUGAGCCACCCCUGAGGAAAGAGGUUGUAGAGUAUAUGCUGGAUGUUGAUUCACAUAUGUGGAGCAUGAGAAGAAGCAAGGCCAAUUUUUUCAGAAUAAUGGGAGUUUUAAGUGGGUUGAUUGCAGUUGGAAAAUGGCUUGAUCAGAUCUGCAAUUGGAAGAAUCCUCUUACAACCAUUUUGAUUCAUGUCCUUUAUAUUAUAUUGGUUCUUUACCCGGAACUAAUUCUUCCCACUAUUUUUCUCUACCUAUUCUUGAUUGGAAUUUGGAACUUCCGGUGGAGGCCAAGACAUCCGCCUCACAUGGACACCCGGCUAUCUCAUGCUGAUGCUGCUCAUCCUGAUGAACGAGACGAAGAGUUUGACACAUUCCCAACUUCCCGGCCAUCAGAUAUCGUUAGGAUGAGAUAUGAUCGACUAAGAAGUAUAGCGGGGAGGGUUCAGACUGUUGUUGGUGAUCUGGCAACUCAAGGGGAAAGGUUUCAGUCACUUCUGAGUUGGAGAGACCCAAGAGCAACCACUCUGUUUGUAACUUUCUGUUUGAUUGCUGCCAUAGUUCUCUAUGUAACCCCAUUCCAAGUUGUGGCCCUUCUAGCAGGCAUAUAUGUGUUACGGCAUCCCAGGUUCCGCCACAAACUUCCUUCAGCUCCACUCAACUUCUUUAGGAGGUUGCCUGCAAGAUCAGACAGCAUGCUUUGAGCACAACUGGCCUUCACUUGUCUCCUUUUCAUCAUUGGAUCUGUGUUUCAAAGUCGUGCAGAUGCUGAAGCAGGGUGAAAUAGUUACCAAUCGGCAAAUUUCAUUUUAUGAACUUGUUUAUGUUUUCAUAUUUAAAUUCUGUUUAUUGUAAUCAAUGCAUUUCAAUUUGUAGGAUUCAAUUUGAACAUAGCCAGUGCAGAACCAGAAUCUGAUAUAACUGUGCAACUCUAUAUACAAAAUUUGGACUUGGUGCUCUUGAAACUAUAUAAGAAUGAGACAUCCAAUAUCUGCUUUCAA